ACAAAUCAGAUGUCAAAAAUCGAGAGCAUCUCUUAUCUCUCAAAGAAUACUGUCAUUUUAUCGUUUACUCUGUCACUACUUUUCUCCUCCACUUCGCAUGGUGUUGGGUAACCUUAGCUGUUAGACCAUUGCUACGGAUCCAGCUUAACGAUUUUGGGCUUGCCGCUUCUGCCAGGACCAGGCAGAAGGCAUUUAAGCAUCUUUUCGCUUUACGUAAAACCCGUACUAGAGCGACUAUCUGCCUGAUGAACUGCUGACUGCAGUUUGUCUGCUAUGUCUCGCACCUGAUCAUUGACCGUGCCGCGACAAUUAGGUAUAUGUCAUAUACAUUAUUAAUUUUACAUCUUACCGUCUAUUCCUGGGUCAUAUUCCUGGGCGUCGAAUUAAACGAAGAACAACACAAAGAACACAAACUAAAUGGAUAAGUAUUAUAAGGACUUCUACACACAAUAUAGUCUACCAUUGUAUUACAGUCUACUAUUGUAUUACAGACACUACAGUAUUGUCCAGAUUUCUGGGAGAUCUAGAUCUAGAAGAGCCACGGCUACUGGUGGGCGCAAACCUCAAUCAUUAGAUAUGAAGAUGACCAUCACUCGGAGCGGAAUCUCACAACCCCAUAAACAUAUAAUCAUAAAAGGAUAAAACAUUGCGAUUUGAGGUUAAAAGCUUUUGAAAUGGUUUACAACUCCUGAUUUCAUUAUAUAUGUAUUCGCGAUCAUCGAUAACACUAUUCAUGGGUAAUAAUUAGUAAACGUCGUAAGUUAACAUUUAGCCAGGGCCGAACUUGGAGGCCCAGGGCAGCAAAGAAGCAGAGGCCCCUAAGUGGUUUCCGCACAAAAGACACAAUUUUUCAAUAUUUAAGUCUUUAUACAAAAUUGACAUCAAAUACAAUUAGUUAUUUCAACAAAGAAACUUCUUCAUUGAACCGCAUGAGCAUAUGAAAUACAAUUGAUCUUUUCAGUGCAUCGGCCAAUAUGGAAUUUAGAAAAACUGAUAGCAUUUCAAUGUGUUCGCUCCAAGAAGGCUGGCAACUUGUUUUAUAUAUAAUAUAUGUAUUUGGUGGAAGCUUAAAUGUUGCUCAGCCACUUAACGAACCAAACGAACCAAAUAAAAUAAAAAAAUGUAUAUUUUUCAACAAUAAGUCGUUAAUGAUUUGUGGGGUCGAAUUCAGACUUCCAGAAAUACUUCUCUUAUCACCACAAGGAUCACCUAGGACAACACAGGCCCCAGGCCAGUAGCCCCAGCUGCCCCCAAUUCCGAUACUGUUAUAGACAUUCAACACUAAAUCGAUUUGGCAAAUAAAACCAUGCGGCAUACGUUACGAGUCAUUGUUUGACGACCUCGGUGGCGCAGUGGUAAAGUGCUUGCCUAUGAACCGGCGGUCUUGGGUUCGAUCCCUGGUCGAGUCAUGAUGGAAAAUGAUCUUUUUCUGUUUGGCCCGAGUCUUGGAUGUUUAUCUAUAUAUGUAUUUGUUAUAUAAUAUAGUAUCGUUGAGUAUAUGGUUAUCUAUAAUAAGGAAACGAAGAAGGAUUUAGGCUACUAUUCUUGCCAGAAAACAGUAAAUUAGUGAAACCGCAGCGGGUUAAGUACUAUUAUAUAACGUAUAGUCCAGUAAUAUUCAGUGUUAUAACGUAUAGUCCAGUAAUUUCAGUGUUACUUGUUAAACAACAACGUCUGCUAUAGAACUCAAGUCGUGGAUGUCAGACAAUCUGGACAAGGUCAGUCUGGUAGAAGAGUUUUUAUCAGAAACAGAAAAAUGACUUCUAAUAGAGUUAACCGUCGAUUUAUCAAUCCGAUUUCUAAAGUUCUACAGGAUACUAAAAGAAAUAUGGUGAUUAAAUUACAAGAGUGUGGGUUGAAUAACUGUACGUUGCCAGUGAUGGUAAGCAAUAAUUCCAUGAUGCUGCGAGGCCUCUCCCUGAAUGUGGACCCGACUUAUAAGAAGAAAAUCCCACUAAUCUUCAACAUCUUCACUAUCGUCAUUCUCUCAUGUUACAUCUACGUUUACGUAUUCUCCAUGAUAUGGUUUGUCUUCUUCAAAUGCAUUAAGACUGGUGACGUCAUCAGCGCUAUGAUUGUGUUUGCCCUUGGCAUCGCCAGUGAAAUCACGUUAGUCAAAUGGAUAUACAUGUUUCUAAACCAAAAUUCCCUGAGAAAUUUGAUAGAAAACUACUUGAUUCACGAUGUAAAAGGCAAUUCAAACGCCAGAUUAACAAAUAAUUUGCUAAAAGUGCUGAGACAAGUAAAGAGGAGAGCGAUUAUAUUUUGGUUCAUGAUCAUCGGGAACGGUGUAGCGUAUGCUAUCAAACCUUUACUGAUGCCUGGGAGGCACAUCAUGGAAGACACGGAAUUUCUAUUCGGUCUAGAGCCUCUCCACGAAUCGCCAAACUAUGAAAUCGCAUAUCUCCUAUCAUUAGGUGGCGUAAUAUUCACUUGUUAUGGCACUUCCAACUUAUCUGGGUUUUUUAUCAUCAUUACUGGCUACAUAGAAGGACAAAUGCUUUGCCUUAGCGAAGAAUUAGUAAAUAUAUGGGAUGACGCUCACAAGUAUUAUUAUCAAAACCAUGUCUUCACAGAAAAUUGUCACAGAGUUGCAUCUGACGAAACAAUAAGGGGAAAAGAUAUUAUUUUGAAUGAAUACGUAAGGAAACAACUUCGCAACAUAAUAGAUUAUCAUACGACAAAUAUGAGUUUCCUACGUCAAAUUGAAGACGUGUUUCGCAAUGCGAUUGCUAUUGAAUUUGGUCUCUUAAUAGUAUCUCUGAUUGCAGAGUUUUUAGGUGGACUGGAGAAUACAUAUUUAAUCAUGCCAUUUGCAUUAGUGCAAGUGACAAUGGACUGUAUUACCGGCCAGAAGCUGCUAGAUUCGAGCGACAUAUUUCAUAGGGCAGUGUAUGAGUGUAAUUGGGAGAACUUUGAUGUGAAGAAUAUGAAGACGGUUCUGAUGAUGUUCAGGAUCUCUCACAAGGGCAUGGCUCUCAGUGCAGGAGGAUUGGUGAAGCUAAGUUUCUUGUGUCUCAUGUCUGUUGCUAGAUUAAUAUACUCGACGUACACGGCUUUACGGACAGCAGUUGAUCAUUGAUUGAAAGAAGACUUCAAUACAAAUCUUAUUUCUAGAGAGCUCAGUAAACCCCUGAAGGAAGCGAACAUAUGAACUUGCGCAGGUAACUUCGUGGCACAAAAAAAAUAUAUUAGGAUUCAGCACAUGCUGCCUACGUGAUGGGUAUCUUACAUAGGGGCUUUAGAUAUUUUUAAUUUAUAAGUUUAUGCUAUAAAUAUGUAGUUUGCAGUUAAUAAAUAUAUAACAAAAUCCCGGAAAAAAUAAAAGCCGAACAAAAAUACACUGCAUUCACAAAUAAAUUUAAAUCAUUCAUUACACAUUUUGAACGCAUAUUGCUCGGUAGAUGAGUAGGUAUUUAAAUGACAAAACUGCCUAUGAUUAAGAAUUUAUCUCAAUAAACUCAUAGUAAAAAAAAUAAAAAUUUACCGUUCAAUUUGAAUUUGACUUAACUAUAUUUGACAAGAUCUGACACGCUUAAUCUGUAUUCUAUGAACUGCAUCUAUAUUUCCAUAUAUUUUUAACAUUAUGUGUAUUACAGUAAUCUGACAGUUAUAACCCAAUAAUUUUGUAAACUUUAAAUUUUAAAUUGCUCUCACUGGGCACAUGUUUAACUGCACAAUAAUUUGUAAUCCUUAUGCUGUACAUGUUUGCCAAUAAAUGAAUUAUGAAUU